AUGGCUGACCCCAGACCCAGUCCCACCUCAGAUCUCCACUGGAGUGACUACAGAGGUGCUAUCCACCAAAUCUUUGCUGCAAAUGCCAACAAGCACCCUGAGAGGACAUGUGUUGUUGAAACCGCCUCUUCCAACUCUCCCAAGAGGGUCUUCACAUAUCAGCACAUCAAUGAAUCGAGUAAUGUCCUGGCACACCACCUUGUAGCCAGCGGCGUCCAACGAGGUGAAGUCGUCAUGGUCUAUGCUCACCGUGGUGUUGAUUUGGUUGUUGCCGUCAUGGGUGUACUCAAGGCCGGUGCUACCUUCUCCGUCAUUGACCCUCUAUACCCUGCCGAUCGUCAAAUAAUCUACCUUGAUGUCGCCAAGCCUCGUGCUCUCGUGGUCAUCGAGAAGGCUUCUCAGGAAGCUGGCAAGCUCUCUGAUACCGUUCGUGAGUAUAUUCAGGAGAACCUUAGACUAAGAACCGAGGUUCCUGGCUUGCAAUUGCAGGAUGAUGGUUCUGUCAUUGGUGGAAAAGUUGACGGUCGCGACUGCCUCGAGUCUCAGCAACAGUCUCGUGCUCAGCUUCCCGAUGUUGUGGUCGGCCCUGACUCCACCCCCACCCUAUCUUUCACUUCUGGUUCAGAGGGCAGACCCAAGGGUGUCAAGGGCCGCCACUUCUCCCUGGCCUACUACUUCCCUUGGAUGCAGGAGCGCUUCGGACUGUCCGAGAAGGACCACUUUUCCAUGCUCAGCGGUAUCGCCCACGAUCCCAUCCAGCGCGAUAUCUUCACCCCUCUCUUCCUUGGUGCCCGUCUUAUUGUACCCCCUGCCGAGGACAUCACCUUUGAUAGAUUGGCUAAGUGGGCUAGCGACAACGAGAUCAGCGUCACCCAUCUCACNCCCGCCAUGGGCCAAAUUCUCCUCGGUAGCUUGGAGCCCAAGGUCAACUCAUUGCAUUCGGCAUUCUUUGUCGGCGACAUCCUCUUGAAGAGAGAUUGCCGUAGAUUGCAAGAUCUGGCCCCCAAUGUUCGCAUCAAGAACAUGUACGGCACAACCGAGACUCAGAGAGCCGUCAGUUUCUACGAGAUCCCUAGCAAGUCCGAGGACUCUUCAUACCUCGACAAGAUGGGUGAUGUUAUUCCUGCUGGCAAGGGUAUGCUUGAUGUGCAGCUGCUUGUUGUCGAUCGUUCAAACAGAGACCGCAUCUGCGAGGUUGGCGAGAUUGGUGAAAUAUAUGUCAGAGCUGGCGGUCUUGCAGAGGGCUACCUUGGUCCCGAACUCAAGGAGCUCACCAACUCCAAGUUCGUGCAGAACUGGUUUGUUGAUAAUGAGAAGUGGGUCAAGGAGGACCAAGAGAAGGCUGCUAAAGCUGGUAAGGAUGAGCCUUGGAGAGAGUUCUACAAGGGCCCCAGAGACAGACUCUACCGUUCUGGCGAUCUGGGAAGAUAUACUGCUGACGGCAACGUCGAGUGUACUGGCAGAGCAGACGAUCAAGUCAAGAUUCGCGGUUUCCGUAUCGAGCUUGGAGAGAUCGAUACUCACCUUUCACAACAUCCUCUCAUCAGAGAGAACGUUACGCUGGUCAAGCGCGAUCACGAAGAGGAGCAGAUCCUUGUCAGCUACUACGUUCCUGACCUCAACCAGUGGUCAGCUUGGAAGAAGGAAAGGGGAGAGGCUGACACUAACGUUGCCGACGACUUGAGCAUCCCCGAGAGACUGAAGAUGUUCAACACCUUGACCAACGAUGUCAGAGAACACUUGAAGAAGAAGCUGGCUUCUUAUGCUGUCCCCACUCUCUUCGUUCCUAUGGUCAGACUUCCUCUAACGCCCAACGGCAAGGUUGACAAAAGAGCACUUCCCUUCCCUGAGAAGUCAGAAUUGCUCGCUGCUUCAUCGAGCCAGCCUGCUCAGGAUGCUGCUACUCGUUCUGAGACCGAGAAGGCGCUCGCUGAGAUUUGGGCUCUCUAUCUUCGCAGUUAUGCGGCUGACAGCAUUCCUUCCAAUGUUCCCUUCUUUGACCUUGGCGGUAACAGUAUCGCCGCUGUUCAGAUCCCAUCUCAAAUUCGCAAGAAGUGGCCCGAUGUUACUGUUCCAGUCAGUGCCAUCUCCAAGAACCCUACUCUGCAACAGCUCGCAGGAGACAUCGAUCGUUCGUUGAAUCCCGUUGGGCUCCGUCUUGAUGCACAGGCUCCCGAAACCGACGAUCAGGAGGAGUUCUACUCAAAUACGCUACCUGACCUGAUCAAGGAGAUUCCUGCCAAGAUUCAGUCUGCAAGCAGAGAAUCUGCUAAGCAACAGACAGUAUUCCUCACCGGAGCGACUGGGUUCUUGGGGUCCUACAUCCUUCGUGAUCUGCUCUCAUCUGGCAACAGAGUUAUUGCACAUGUUCGCGCUAAGUCUACAGAGGAUGCUUUGCAGCGUGUCAAGGCUACGUGCCAGGCAUAUGGCAUCUGGUCAGACUCAUGGACAUCCAACCUUGAGUGUGUUACUGGUGACUUGCAGGAGCAACCCCUACUCGGCAUGCAGCAAGAUGUGUAUGAUCGUGUCGCCAAGGAGGCUGAUGUUGUGAUUCACAAUGGUGCCAUUGUGCAUUGGCUCAAGCCCUUCUCGUCUCUGAAGUCUGCCAAUGUUCUGAGUACUAUCUCGGCAAUCAAGCUAUGUGCUACUGGCAAGGUCAAGAAGAUGGCUUUCGUCAGUUCUACAAGUGCUCUCGACUCGGACCACUACGUGGAGUUGUCUAAGAGUCUUAUUGCUUCUGGCGCUGCUGGUGUUAGCGAAUCCGAUGACAUGGAGGGAAGCAGACAAGGUCUUACUACUGGCUACGGUCAAGGCAAGUGGGUCUCUGAGCGUCUCAUGGAAGAGGCCGGAAGAAGAGGUCUUGUUGGCUCAAUCAUCCGUGCCGGCUACGUGCUAGGUGACCCCAAGACAGGCACAACCAACACCGACGACUUCCUCAUUCGUAUGCUCAAAGGCUGUGUGCAAGUCGGCUCCAGACCUGACAUCACCAACACCAUCAACAUGGUCCCUGUCGACCACGUCGCCAGACUCGUCAUCGCCACCGCGCUCAAUCAGCCCAUGGCACCCAUGGUCGUUUGCCACGUCACUGGUCACCCUAGACUAACCUUCAACCAAUACCUCGCCGCCCUCGAAGCUUUCGGCUACGAAGCCCCCAAGGUCGAUUUCCCCAAGUGGAGAGACGCCGUCGAGAGCUUCGUCGAGCAAGGCAAGGAAGAGCACGCCCUCCUCGGUCUCUACCACAUGGUCACCGGCGACCUGCCCGGCAGCACCAUCGCACCUGAACUCGACGACAGAAACUCCGCUGCUGCACUCAAGGCUGAUGCUGCAAGAUCUGGCCAGGACUUUUCGGCUGGCAGUGCAGUCACCGAGGAUAUUGUUGGACAGUAUCUUUCUUUCCUCAUUGCUAGAGGGUUCAUGCCCAAGCCCACCAAGAAGGGUGUCAAGACGCUUCCUGAAGCUAAGAUCACACAGGAGCAGAUUGAGGCGUUGGAUCGUGUUGGUGGACGUGGAGGUGCUGCAUAG